AUGCGGCGAGACUUGUCGGGAAGCACGGCGAUCAGCUCGUCUUGAUGCCCUUCGCUGCUGCCGUCGAGCUGCAUAAUCUGGAUCUUGCGCUGCGCGCUCCAAUCUUCUCGCCUUUCUCGCUUCCCGCUCAGGAUCUCGUUCUCGCUUCGACUUUACUCGAUCUCGUCGGCGGUCGUCAUCUCUGGUAUCUUGUGCUCGGCUCUCAUCUCCUCUUCUCCCAUGGUAUGCUGGGCUCGCUGGAUUGGCCCGCGCAUACUUUGAGUCAUCUCUGUAAGUACUGUUGCGUCGGCUCGGGUGCGGUCGUCCAGAGUCUCUUCGAGGUGAAGAUGAGUCGCACCGGGAUGAGUUUGUCACAGCAGGGCGUGGUCUUCGAGGUAGGGGAGUAUGGUAGGCAUCUUCGUAAUCGUCUGGCUCACGGCUGCGGUCGAGGUACGGCAUGUUGGUAGCGUGUGCAAGGAGAGCGACAGGCUUGCCGAUAGGUCUCAAGAGACCAUGUCAUUGUCGGCAUUGUGGCCGUUGAGCCAGCCAUGUAUAGCAUGAUAGCUACACUAGUGGUUUGCGUGAGGUUGGUUAUGGUGGUUGGAGAUCGGAAGACCAGCCACCUGAAUUACUUGCCUGAUAUUGCAUUGUCCUGCCUUGAACCACGAUGCCCUUGCUAAGAUCACUCUUCCUGAGACCACCAUCUGCAAGCUAUAUUGCACAGCAUACCAGCAACGCUGCUGUGC